GUAUACGCUUGGCAGCACUGGCCACCUAUCGACUGUUUGCCAUCUCUAGAAGCGACUGAGGAAAAAGACGAAAUAAUAUAUAAUAAUAGAAUAUUGCACCGUGAUACUAUUGCCAAGCAUCGUUUUUCGUUCGGUAAUUGAACAACGACAACCUCGACCUCCACGGCAACACUCGAAAGGAUAAAAGGCAGACAGGCGAUAACCAGAAAAGCAAGCAGGAAGUCAGCAGGGCACAAAAGAUACGAACGAACGAGACAAACGAAGCAAAGCAACCAAAAGCAAAAGCAAACCACACCAAAAUCCCCAAAAACCUGCGGAAUGCCACUGUUCGGGAAGUCGGUGAAGUCGCCAGUGGAGCUGGUCAAGGCUCUAAAGGAGGCAAUUGCGGCACUGGAAGCCGGCGAUCGUAAGCCAGAGAAGGCGCAAGAAGACGUCAGCAAGAAUCUGGUGGCCAUCAAGAACAUGCUGUAUGGUAGCAGUGACGCAGAGCCGCCGGCUGACUACGUGGUGGCCCAGCUGUCGCAGGAGCUGUAUAACAGCAAUCUGCUCUUACUGCUAAUCCAAAACCUGCAUAGGAUCGACUUCGAGGGUAAGAAGCACGUGGCGCUGAUAUUCAACAACGUUCUACGCCGACAGAUUGGUACUCGAUCGCCCACAGUCGAGUACAUCUGCACGAAACCGGAGAUCCUGUUUACGCUGAUGGCGGGAUACGAGGAUGCUCAUCCGGAAAUUGCCUUAAAUUCGGGCACUAUGCUGCGCGAAUGUGCUCGGUAUGAGGCGUUGGCCAAGAUUAUGCUACACUCGGACGAGUUCUUUAAGUUCUUCCGAUACGUUGAGGUAUCCACGUUCGAUAUUGCCAGCGAUGCCUUUUCCACUUUCAAGGAGCUAUUAACGCGCCACAAGCUGCUCUGCGCCGAAUUCCUUGACGCCAACUACGACAAGUUCUUUUCGCAGCAUUAUCAGCGGCUGCUAAACUCCGAAAAUUAUGUGACACGGCGCCAGAGCCUGAAGCUAUUGGGUGAACUGCUACUGGACCGGCACAACUUUACGGUGAUGACGCGCUACAUCAGCGAACCGGAGAACCUCAAACUGAUGAUGAACAUGCUCAAGGAGAAGUCGCGCAACAUUCAGUUCGAGGCGUUUCACGUCUUCAAGGUGUUCGUGGCGAAUCCCAACAAACCGAAACCCAUCCUGGAUAUCCUGCUGCGCAAUCAAUCGAAACUGGUCGAUUUCCUCACCAACUUUCAUACGGAUCGUUCCGAGGACGAACAGUUUAACGACGAGAAGGCCUACCUGAUUAAGCAGAUAAAGGAGCUUAAGCCGCUACCUGAGGCUUAGUUGCAUCCAGUGUCCCGGUGGCCAACAACUCCUCCAUCAGCAGCUGUUUGUAGCGGCAGCUAUAUUGUCCGUAAUCGUAAGAUCGGAAUGGAGAGGAGAGAUCUAGAUCGAAAGAUGGAGGAUAAGAGAAGGAACCAGAACGAGAACGAGAACGAAACGGGAGCCAGGACAUGUGGGCGGCCUUCGAUGGCGGCGGGUUUUUUAGCAGGAUGAACAUGUUUUGUGUGUGGGUUAAAGCAAAUAUAUAUUAUAUAUACUAUAUUUUGUGACGAUGAUGACUACACUUGUGAGUAACUAAACAAUAAUUUAGACAACAAAAACAACAACAACAACAACAACACUGAAAAGAUAAUGAUAAAAAGAAAAUAUAACGAUAAAGCGAAAUAGAAACAGCAAAAAAGUACGAGUAUAGAAGCGAAAGAAUUGCGAAUUUAACAUUUAGCUACAUUAGACAUUCUCGGCCUAGAUCUAUAAACCUACUAUAUCUAUAAUCUUAUGCAUAUAUACCACCACCACCACCCCCGAUCCACUCCACUAUCUAUGUAUCCUUUUUUUCGGUUGUUGUUGUUCCGUCUUGUUGCCCCCCCCUUUUUCCCCCCUAGACCUAUUUUCGAUUCCUAAUAUACCUAUUUAACUAGUUGUUGUAUUUGAAAUUUUUUGAAACGAACGUUUUUGAAACGAUCCAACCGCCCUGCCACGCCACGCCACGCCCUGACUAAGACGCCCCCCCUACCCCCUACCCCGGAUAUAAGAAACUGAAGAUUCACAAUGAGUUUUGACUAAAUAAUGUAAUUCCACGCAAAAUUCAUGAAAAAAAAAAAACAAAAAACAACUAAAUACUGCAUAAUAAUAAUAAUUUAUAGUGAUAAUUGUCAGUGUAUCCUUUGGCACGGACACCAUUCAACACACACACACACAGAGACACAGACACACACACAAACACACAAACACACACAUAUAUGCAUACGUACAUAGUUAAAAAGGGAAGUAAAACAACAACAUUGCGAGCAACAUAAUAACUAUACGAUUAUUAUAAUUUAUAUUAUUCCCAAAAUUAAAGAUAACAGCCAAACUAAAAAAAAAAAUACAAAAAAAAAACGA